UCAGACUCCGCGAGCCAGUCGCAAGCAGCGCGCGCGCACGUAGCGAUACUCGAACACGAACGACUCUCGCGAAAACAUUAUUUACAUGGCAAUAGUUUUAAAUAUGUGAUAAGAUUACACGUUAAGAAUAUUUAAUCUCUACUUUUAAGAAUUAUUUAACUACGAAUCUCAAUUUAAUUUGCAUUUGAAAAAGUGACAAAAUGACUAUAAAAAAUAAAAAGACUAAGUCCAGCACGUCUGAGGUGACAUCAUCUAAAAGUGCAUCGAGCAGUGUGCAGAAGACCAGCACUUCGACUUCAGUUCAGAAAAGUAGUAAUACUCUACAGAAGGUCAGUUCGUCUGGUAAAAAGGUUCGCUACAUCGAUGUUAAGGUCGAACAAGACGACCCAUUAAUGAUAACAGACAUUAGCGAUCAUGCUUCUAUUAGCGGCUCUACUGUCUCUGAACUUUACAACAGCCACCCGCACUACAUUAUUACGGAGGCCCCAUCGGUUUCUGAUUUGUCACAAACUAGAACAUCGAAUGAAAUUCAAGUAAGUGACAUGGCUCAAUCUACUACUGGAGAAUUUGUUUCUAACUCUUCUGUGCACGAAUCUUCCUCUACAUCACAGCACCAAACAUCUAGAAGUGAAAAUAUUCAGACAUCGUCAACUGUUGAACAUUCCGGUUCCAGUCAUAGCCAGACAUUUGACAGGACUGCCGAUUCGUCAUCUGCCAAUCAAACUCUAAACACUGCCUUUAUUGAUAGUUCAGGCAAUCAGAGUAACUCGAGGGGUUCAUUUUUGUCAAGAUCUCAAGGCGCUAAUGCUACUGAUUCAUUCAUUCAGUCCGAACGGCAAAAUUUGUCUAAAACCGGACACAGUUCAAACGUGAGUAGCGACACUUCAAAAGGCAAUGUUAACAUUCGCGGGAAUGAACGGCACAUGAAUAUUCCAGGUGACAAAGUAAAUACCUUAAAAACGAAUCCAAACAAUUUCUAUGGGGGUGAAGGAACCCUAGAUAAAAAUAAAAAAACAAAUGAAUUUAGCAGUACAUCACAUUCGAGUCAAUCAAAGAGCAGUAAUGUUACAAAAUCAUCUUCAUCGUCUUAUGUAGUUGAAAUUGUUGAUGGAAAAGAACGUAUAGUUGAUAAAUCUCAAAGGGAGUGGGGCGAUGCAAAAGAACAUGCAACAAAUGAGGAAUAUGUUAGUGUCAGUGGAACGAAUAUAAAGCCGCAAUCUGCCUAUAGUGCCCAAAAUUAUGACAUGCAAUCAAAGUAUGAUUCUGGCAAAGAUGGAGCAAGACCUAUUAACGAAAUGACUGUAAGAGAAGAUUCGAAGUAUAUUAAAGAUGGAAAACAACUGACUAGCCACGAAAGUGUUAUUUCUCAAAAUGAUAACUCCAUACAACAACAGUUUACGUCAACGCAGAAUCAGAUUACUUCUGAUGAUCAUUACCAAUCUCACGUAGGUAAUGCAUCUCAUAAUUUACAGAACGUUCAAUCGAAUUCUGAAAAUACUAAUUAUAACACAAUGCAAAAUAAAAACAUACAAUCAAACACCUCCCAUUCUAAUAUCCAGCAGAAAGACAUAAAAGAAAAUGUAUCAAUUCAUCACGAAAACAGGAAUAAUCAAAUUUCAACAAAGCGUAAUGUUAAUCAAACAGAUUCUUCUAACUUUUAUGGUUACGAUUCUACCAUACAAGAUCAACUUAGGAAAGUUGGAAACAUCUUACAGGUUCCAAACACUGAAAAUAUAAACUAUUCAACUAAGAUACUGAAAAGUAACACCAGUAGUGCCCAACAAGCAUCGUCAUCAUCUUAUGUAUUUGAAGUUGUCGAUGGAAAACAAAGAGUAAUCGACAGCGCCCACAGAGAAUGGGGGGAUAGUAAAGAACAUUCAACACAUGAGAAAAGUCAUAAUAUCAGUGGCACCGGUAUUAAACCGGAACAUGAAUAUUCGAGGCAAGUUUUGGAUAAAGAGUCGUAUUAUGACACUGGCAAAGAUGGUGUUCCUAAGAGUGCAUCUCAAAUAUCGGAAGAAUCUGCAAUGUAUAAGAAUGGAGUGGAAAUUGCUUCCAAGCGAAAUGUAUAUGCCAGUGAUUUAACUAAAAAACAAGCUAUUACUGAACACCCAUCUGAUUAUGUAGAAGACAGGUACUUGGUAGAUGAAAACAAUAGACGGCAAACAGAUAGUCAAGAUAUCAGGUCUGACAACGUAUCAACUUAUGUUACUGAUUCUGACAAUAUUAGAAAAACAACGGAAUUAAUAACUAAUGAAAAGCAAAAUAUAUCAAAAGAGAGUUCUUCAAAGACUACCAGUGAAACAAAAGAUACCCUGACAUCGUAUGAAAGAAGCACGGGUACAUGGAAUGGUAAAUUUACUUAUGAAACUGAAGAUGACAGACCUAAACGUCCUAAGCAAGUUUCACCGUUUGGUAGAUCAGAACAACCACGGCACCACUUGAAACGUCAAGAUACAGAAGAAAAUAUAAUAAUAUCAUCUAGGGAUAUUAAAGAUUUCACCUCUAUAAGUGAUUUGCGCAAAAUCAUUGAAACAUCACAGACAAACAAGGAUGUUACAGUAAGCAACAAGAAUAUUGUGAUAAAGAGAAAUAUAGAUGACAGGGUUUUGAAAGAAAUCCUAGAAACAGUGAAAAAGUAUCCAUUUAAAAGAAUUGAUAAAGUUACUUUUGGCACAAAGAUAAAUGAGGACGUUAAGGAUUUGUAUGAAGGAAUUGAUACCGAAGAAACGACCGUUUUAAGUACAACAACUGGAGAGAAAGUGAAGAAAUCAUUUGAAGUAGAUAAAACAAGGAGUCAAAUCGAAGUAACAAGAUACAUAACUGAAAAUGGUAUUACCAGGAAAGAAACAACAUAUGAAGAUGCGAAGGAAGAUGAUAAAGUCAAAACAGAUGUGUUUGUCGACAACAGCUCGUUAGACAUCAAAAACUUGAAGGAUGUCCGCACAACGAAAGAUGUUUACGAAUACGACGUGGUCGAUCACGCAACAACUAAUACCACACGCGAAGAUAUCGUCAGCUCCGUCUAUGAUGAGACCAUCAUAGAUGAUAGAAAAACAGUGCGAGACGAUACAACGAUCAUCCACGAAAGAUACACCGACGAAACCAGACCACGUCCCGGUGGUCCCGGUGGUCCCAGGAAACCAGAAAAAGUCUGUAAGGAGCAAUGCAUCUGUGAGAUCUGUACUUGUGGGCGCCACCGUUGCCCACACAAUGAUGUCCCGGAGCCAUUGUUCGAUGUGGAGCAUACUACGAGCGUGGUUUCCGCGUACAAACAGGAUUAUGACGAGAAACAUGUCAGUCGAACAACAGCCGUUCAUCACGAAGAUCAUUUAUAUCUUGAAGGUGAUUUUCAAGAGCCGGAACGUCCUCAAUGGCAGCCCAUCGAACGGCGUAAGCCAACAAAGCCAGAAGACAACUUGAAACCUGAGGGUGAAUUUUCUACACCUGAAAAGGAACAAUGGAGGCCUGCAGAACGACAACGCCCUACAAAGCCAGAAGACAAUUUACGACCUGAAGGUGAUUUCGAAAAACGUAAGCCAGAUGAGUGGUAUCCAGGAGAUCGUGCUCCAGUUAAACGUCCUGAAGACAAUCUGAGACCAGAAGGAGAGUUUGAAAAGAGAAAGCCACACGAAUGGCAGCCUGGUGACAGAGCACCAAUACGUCGACCACAAGAUAAUUUAAAGACAGAAGGUGAUUUUGAAGAUAGACAACCUGAAAAAUGGCAACCUGGAGAUAGAGCUCCAAUGAAACGACCUGAAGAUAAUUUAAAACCGGAAGGUGAUUUCGAGAAGAGACGGCCAGAAGAAUGGCGACCAGGAGAUAGGGCUCCAACACGUCGUCCUGAAGAUAAUCUGAGACCUGAAGGUGACUUCACAACACCUGAAAAAGAAACUUGGCGGCCAGCUGAACGUCAGAAACCCAAAAAACCCGAGGACAAUUUGUUCCCAGAGGGUGAAUUUGAAGGUAGAAAGCCAGAGGUAUGGAGACCAGGUGAUAGAGCUCCAGUCAAGAGGCCAGAAGAUAAUUUGAAGCCGGAAGGUGAUUUUGAAAAAAGACACCCUGAUAAAUGGAGUCCUGGAGAUCGAGCUCCAACGCGUCGUCCGGAAGAUAACCUUCGACCUGAAGGUGAAUUUACUACACCUGAAAAAGAGUCAUGGCGUCCGGCUGAGCGUCCAAAACCUAUAAGGCCAGAAGACAAUUUAUACCCGGAGGGAGAAUUUGAAAAGCGUAAACCUGAAGAUUGGCGUCCCGGAGAAAGGGCUCCAGUAAAGCGGCCCGAAGAUAACUUAAAACCAGAAGGAGAUUUUGAGAAUAGAAAACCUGAAAAAUGGCAACCUGGAGAUAGAGCUCCAAUGAAACGACCUGAAGAUAAUUUAAAACCGGAAGGUGAUUUCGAGAAGAGACAACCUGAAAAAUGGAGUCCUGGAGAUAGAGCUCCUAUGCGUCGUCCAGAAGACAACCUAAGACCAGAAGGCGAGUUCACCUCACCUGAAAAGGAACCUUGGCGCCCAGCAGAACGUCAAAAACCUAAAAAGCCAGAAGAUAAUUUGUUCCCUGAGGGAGAAUUUGAAAAGCGUGAACCUGAAGAUUGGCGUCCUGGAGACAGGGCUCCAGUGAGACGGCCUAAAGAUAAUUUAAAACCAGAAGGCGACUUCGAGGAUAGAAAACCAGAGAAAUGGCAACCCGGAGACAGAGCUCCAAUUAAACGCCCUGAAGAUAAUUUAAAACCUGAAGGUGAAUUCGAGAAGAGGCGGCCUGAAGAAUGGCGCCCCGGUGAUAGAGCUCCAACUCGUAGACCUGAAGAUAAUUUAAGACCGGAAGGAGACUUUACAACGCCAGAAAAAGAACUUUGGCGACCAGCAGAACGUCAGAAACCCAAAAAACCCGAAGACAAUUUAUUCCCAGAGGGUGAAUUUGAAGGUAGAAAGCCAGAAGAGUGGAAACCAGGUGAUAGAGCUCCAGUCAAGAGGCCAGAAGACAACUUGAAACCUGAAGGCGAUUUCGAAAAAAGGCGCCCUGAAAAAUGGAGUCCCGGUGAUCGAGCUCCUACACGUCGUCCGGAAGACAAUCUCAGACCAGAAGGUAAAUUCACUACACCCGAAAAAGAAGUUUGGCGUCCGGCUGAGCGCCAAAAACCUACAAAGCCCGAAGACAACUUGCAUCCAGAGGGAGAAUUCGAAAAACGUAGACCUGAUGAAUGGCAACCAGCUGAUCGACCUAAACAAAAGAAACCCGAAGAUAAUUUAAGGCCCGAGGGUGAAUUUACUACACCUAUAAAAGAAAAAUGGCAACCAGCAGAACGGCAGCUGCCUAAAAAACCAGAAGAUAAUCUAAAACCAGAAGGAGACUUCGAAAACAGGAAGCCUGAAGAAUGGCGUCCAGCCGAUCGUCCUCAUCAAAAAAAACCAGAGGAUAACCUUAAACCUGAAGGGGAAUUUACUUCACCUGAAAAAGAAAAAUGGCAACCAGCAGAGAGGCCACAGCAGAAGAGGCCAGUUGACAAUUUAAGACCCGAGGGUGAUUUUACAACUGAGCGCUCAAUAACAGAUGAUUUCAAAGUCGUUACCGGUGAAAGGGCUAAAAUUAUUAAGCGCACUGAUAAUAUUAUCACUGAAGGAGAAUUUACAGAUACUACAACUUCUCGCAGCGAAUACUCAAUAAAGCCACUAGAAAAACUAAAACCUGUACGAAGAAAUACAUGGACUAAGUUAGAAGGAGACAUGACAACAGAAACAACUUCACAGUCAGAAUACAUUGAUUUUACAGAUUCUGUAGAGAGAACAACUCUAGUAACGAAAAGAACAGAUAACUUAAUUCAUGAAGGUGAGAUAGACUUCGUUACAUCAAAUCAAACAGAUUAUACAGAAAAAAAUACUGUAGUAACACGACCCCAAAGGCGACGCACGUGGACGAAAGAAGAUUUAGAAAAAUUCUAUUCAACUCAAAAUACAGAGACAACAACUACAACUACACAAGAAGAAUAUAAGAUUCGUGAUGAACGAUGGCAUGAACGGCAACAACCUAAAAAACCUAAAGAUAAUCUUGUCCCAGAAGGUGAAUUUUCAACCCCAGUAAAGGAAGACUGGCAACCAGCAGAACGAGUUAAACCCAAAAGGCCUACUGAUAAUCUGUUUCCAGAAGGCGAAUUCACUACUCCCCAAAAAGAACAUUGGCACCCAGCAGAGCGACCAAUACAAAAGAAACCUAAAGAUAAUCUUAAACCAGAGGGAGAAUUCCAACAGCCACAGCAAGAGGAAUGGCGGCCUGCUGAGAAACAAAUACUUAAAAGACCUCAAGAUAACCUUAAACCUGAAGGUGAUUUCGAAACACCGAAACGAGAAGAAUGGCGUCCAUCGGAAAGACCAAAAGCUAACAAACCUGAAGACAAUUUAAAAAUAGAAGGUGACUUCACAACACCUGAGAAAACUAGAUGGACUCCCGCUGAACGACCUGUACAAAAGAGACCUCAAGAUAACUUAAAGCCUGAGGGUGAAUUUGCUCAACCCGUUCACGAAGAAUGGAAACCAGCAGAAAAGCGUAUUCAAACUAAACCACAAGAUAAUCUUAAGCCAGAGGGUAAAUUUGAAAAACCUAAGACCGAUGAGUGGCGUCCCGCAGAACGAGCUCUGCCUACAAAGCCAGAUGACAAUUUACGCCUUGAAGGUGAAUUUGAAAAACGCAAACCUGAUAAAUGGAGUCCUGGUGAAAGAGCACAGGUACAAAGACCCUCUGAUAACUUAAAACCGGAAGGUGAGUUUACGACUCCUGAAAAGACACAAUGGCGACCGGCAGAACGACCCGUACAAACUCGGCCAAAAGAUAAUUUAAAACCAGAGGGUCAUUUUGAGCAACCAAAGGUAGACGAAUGGAAGCCUGCCGAUAGACAAACUCCUAUAAAACCCAAGGAUAAUCUUAAACCUGAAGGAGAUUUCAAGCGACCCGAAAAAGAAGAUUGGAAACCAGCUGAAAGGCCGGUCCAAAUAAAACCACAAGAUAACCUAAAGCCGGAAGGAGAUUUCGAAGUACCAACUCAAAAAGAAUGGCGGCCAGCUGAACGCCCAUCGGCUACAAAACCAAAAGAUAAUUUAAAACCAGAGGGUGACUUCGAAAAACCAAAAGAAGAUAAGUGGAGGCCUGCUGAACGUCAAACUCCAAAGAAACCACAAGAUAACCUUAGACCAGAAGGAGAUUUCGAAGUACCAACACAAAAAGAAUGGCAGCCAGCUGAACGUCAAUCGCCAACAAAACCAAAAGAUAACUUAAAACUAGAGGGUGACUUCGAAAAACCAAAAGAAGACAAGUGGAGGCCUGCUGAACGCCAAACUCCAAAGAAACCACAAGAUAACCUUAGGCCGGAAGGAGAUUUCGAAGUACCAACACAAAAAGAAUGGCGGCCAGCUGAACGCCAAUCGCCAACAAAACCAAAAGAUAAUUUAAAACCAGAGGGUGACUUUGAAAAACCAAAAGAAGAUAAGUGGAGGCCUGCUGAACGUCAAACUCCAAAGAAACCACAAGAUAACCUAUGGCCGGAAGGAGAUUUCGAAGUACCAACACAAAAAGAAUGGCGGCCAGCUGAACGCCAAUCGCCAUCAAAACCAAAAGAUAAUUUAAAACCAGAGGGUGACUUCGAAAAACCAAAAGAAGAUAAGUGGAGGCCUGCUGAACGCCAAACUCCAAAGAAACCACAAGAUAACCUGUGGCCGGAAGGAGAUUUCGAAGUACCAACACAAAAAGAAUGGCGGCCAGCUGAACGCCCAUCGCCAUCAAAACCAAAAGAUAAUUUAAAACCAGAGGGUGACUUUGAAAAACCAAAAGAAGAUAAGUGGAGGCCUGCUGAACGUCAAACUCCAAAGAAACCACAAGAUAACCUAUGGCCGGAAGGAGAUUUCGAAGUACCAACACAAAAAGAAUGGCGGCCAGCUGAACGCCCCUCGCCAUCAAAACCAAAAGAUAAUUUAAAACCAGAGGGUGACUUCGAAAAACCAAAAGAAGAUAAGUGGAGACCUGCUGAACGCCAAACUCCAAAGAAACCACAAGAUAACCUGUGGCCGGAAGGAGAUUUCGAAGUACCAACACAAAAAGAAUGGCGGCCAGCUGAACGCCCAUCGCCAUCAAAACCAAAAGAUAAUUUAAAACCAGAGGGUGACUUCGAAAAACCAAAAGAAGAUAAGUGGAGACCUGCUGAACGCCAAACUCCAAAGAAACCACAAGAUAACCUAUGGCCGGAAGGAGAUUUCGAAGUACCAACACAAAAAGAAUGGCGGCCAGCUGAACGCCCAUCGCCAUCAAAACCAAAAGAUAAUUUGAAACCAGAGGGUGACUUCGAAAAACCAAAAGAAGAUAAGUGGAGACCUGCUGAACGCCAAACUCCAAAGAAACCACAAGAUAACCUUAGGCCAGAGGGUCACUUUGAGACACCUACUAGAGAACAGUGGAGACCAGCAGAAAAGCCUGAAAUAAUAAAACCAAAAGACAAUCUAAAAACAGAAGGUGAAUUUGAAAAGCCAAAACAUGAUGAAUGGAAACCAGCUGAACGUCAAAAGCCAAAGAAACCACAGGAUAAUUUAAAACCAGAAGGCGAAUUUGAAAAACCGACGACAGAAAAAUGGCAGCCAGGUGAGAGACAGACACCUAAAAAACCUCAAGAUAACCUGAAGCCUGAAGGUAAAUUUGAACGUCCUGAUAAACCCAAGGCUGCACCAAUUGGCGAGCGACCUGUUCAAAAGAAACCAGAGGAUAAUCUUAAACCAGAAGGUAAUAUGGAAGUUAUACGGCGAACUGACUAUACAGCUACCAGAGGUGAUCGUGUCGACGUUGUGAAACAUGAAGAUCAUCUUAAAAUGGAAGGUAAAAUGGACAUGCACCGAAGAGAUGACUAUAAACGCAUAGAAAAAACUGAGAAAAUCGUUAUUCAAAAACAUGAAGACAACUUGCGUACAGAAGGUGAAUUUAUUGAUUUGCAUAUUCGAAAUGAUUACAAUGCUACGAAAGGGGAUAGAGCAGCUGUUGUAAAGCCACAGGAUAAUUUGAAACCUGAUGGAAAAUUCUACAAGCCUGAAAUUAUUCCGUCCCAACCAGCUGAAAAAAGAAAACCAUUUAAACAUGUUGAUAAUCUUAAAAUUGAACAUGAUCUAGAUUUACGUCAGAAAGUUGACAGAGUUGACAUUAUAAGAAGAGAAGACAAUUUAAGAAUUGAAGGCGAAUUUAUAGAUAUGAAACAAAAGAAUGAUUACCAAGUAGUUACUGGUGAAAGGUCAGCGAUAGUGAAACAUGAAGAUAAUUUGAAAAUGGAAGGCAAAAUGGAAAAUAUACGCUCUUCAGAUGCUUAUCGUCUCGUAAAAGGGCAAAAAGUUAAAUUAACGCGCCGGGAAGAUAACUUGAAAAUUGAAGGAGUUUUUGAAGAUCUUUCACGAAAAAAUGACUAUAAUAUAAUUAAAAGUAGUAAACCAGUGAUUAAGAGCAUUGAGAAUGAACCACAUAAUGGUGAACCAAGACAACUCACAAAAAUAGACCAGACAAAUGUAGAAAACAGAAACACACAUGUUACCUCAGAACAUAAAACUUCGAUUCAAAGAAUUGACACUGAUGAUCAGCAAAACUAUACUUAUCGACACAGUCAGGGAGGUCCCGGGGCACCACACCAUAAACCUGAUGAGCGACCUGGUUCACGGUCCAGACAUCCUUCCUCUCCAAAGCAUCAGGAAAAUCCAUCUGAACCUUACUCGCAAAAGCCGUCUGAUAGAAAGAAACCUGAGGAAGAUCAAACCGACAAAUCAAAGUGGAAGCCAACUGAUUUUUCAACACCAAUUGGUAAAACAGGUAAACCAACAUAUAAAUCUCCUACAGAACCUGACCGCGAAAGCCCUAAUAGACAAGAUCGGCAUUCCCAUGAAAGACAAGUCGUUGAUUCAGAUACAACUCACAACACAAGGGUAAAUCAAAGUGAUACACAUAUUCACACUAGCAAGGUGACGGAAUCUAGGCUUCAUACUGAAAAUCAUAAUCAUUCUAAUCGUAUACAUAGGAAUGAAAUAGAUGUAAACAGAACUCAACACAAUAAUCUACAGAAUGUGCAACAAGAAAAUAAUUUCCAGCAGCAUCAACGUAAUGAAAAUCACAAUCAAUACGCUCAGCAUCAUCACGGAGCUACGACAAAACAAGUUAUGCAUUCACACGUCGAUAACUCUACUUACCGUUCAGAAGACGUAAAGCAUUCUAAAGUGUUGAGUCAAGACGAAAGGAAUAUUAGACACGGUAGUGUUGAUCGCAUGUCGUCGGCGAGUUCAGUCGAUCAAAAUAAAUUAAAUCGUACUUCAGGUUCAAUAACUAAACAGAAUGACAAAAAUAUAAUUAAUAAGAGCGAUUCUAGAUCAACCAAAAAUACGUCAACAUCUUCAACCUCUACGAAAACAAUGAAACAAGUAACCGAAAAGAAAUUAAGAGGGGGUAAAUGGGUAAAUGUAACUAAGAUGGUUGAAGUAAAUAAUAUUACUGCUGAUACGGGAAAAUCACAUCCCAUACAUUCUGAACCUCACCAGGCGCCUGGAUUAAAAACAGGUGUAAGCGUAAUUACAGGUACCCUACCUGACGGACAAAGUAAUUCUUCGUCAAAUCAAUUCCAUUCUUCACAGAAGAAUCAAUACAAUCGCAAUCAUAGCGAUGUUUUAAAUACAACAUACUCUGUAAAAGGCACGACUGAAUCUGACAAUAUCCGACAUCAAAGGCAAAAUGAUAACAGCCAGCAACAACAUGAGAAUAUUUCGUCAUCCAAACAAGUUUCUAGCUUUACGAAACAAAUUAAAUCGACACAUAUCAGCGACAACAGUUCUCAGAUCUCUCAAACAUCUCGGAGCGUUUCAGAUAUACGUAGUGGAGAUCAAAUCCUUGGAAAGCACCUAAUACAUGAUAAUAGUGACACUACAAGGAUUAUCAAUAAUCGUGGAGGAUCUCGUCACCAACACGACCAUCAAACAUCAUCAAUACAUGAUAAAAGUGACACUACAAGGAUUAUCAAUAAUCGUGGAGGCUCUGAUCACCAACACGACCAUCAAACAUCGUCAAUACAUGAUAAUAGUGACACUACAAGAAUUAUCAAUAAUCGUGGAGGGUCUCGUCACCAACACGACCAUCAAACAUCAUCAAUACAUGAUAAUAGUGACACUACAAGGAUUAUCAAACGUGGAGGAUCUCGUCACCAACACGACCAUCAAACAUCAUCAAUACAUGAUAAAAGUGACACUACAAGGAUUAUCAAUAAUCGUGGAGGCUCUGAUCACCAACACGACCAUCAAACAUCGUCAAUACAUGAUAAAAGUGGCACUACAAGAAUUAUCAAUAAUCGUGGAGGCUCUGAUAACCAACAAGACAAUCAAACAACCAUACGAAAGGGUGCAGAUGUUUCAAAUAUUUCCACUGUAAGCCACGAACAUAACACAAAACAUACUCACGUUUCCAAUCAAAACCAUACAGUAAACAGAAAUCAGUUAAGCGACAGUGUAACUAAAACUAGCGUUGAGUUUCAAAGAGCUAUGCAUGGUGGGGACAAUUCUCUUUCCCAACAAGAUCACUCCAACCGAAGUGGAUAUCAUAAGCGUACUUCCGACUUUAUAUCCGAUGCCAAUUCCAGUAACGCUGUUCUUCAUCGCAAAGGAGUUACUUCAAAUACAGAAGCGUAUCACACUACAAGUUCCACCGCAGCGGCACAACGGAAAAGUAUCAGCAAUUUGUCAGAGCGUGGGGAAUAUAUAAGCAAUUCGACUCAAAGCGCAGACAGGAAGAGUAUCAGCUCAAUGCAUAGAUCGGCUAGAGACAACACAGCUGUUACAUCUCAGCACACUGAAAGUGUCGAUACUCGACGUCAACAACGACGGGACGGGCAAUCCACGUUUGUUACAGAGAGACAACCUCGUGUCGUAAUAAAAGAUAAUCUACGCGUUGGCGGUGAGUUCUAUGGUCAAUCAGAAGCCCGGUAUGGAAGCUUUUCUAAAUCGCAACAUUCUCAAAAGAUUGACCGCUCCGAACAUAUCGAGAGAGUUGAGCGACACUCGCGACACGGAUCUAAUUCACAUUUCGUUCUCGGAGACGGGAGUGGAACAAGCUAUAAACAAGAAUUUAGAGGCCACGUUCAUGGAACUUGCCCCGCAACGUUGUUAGAAUCUACGAGGACUCCGUUCAAGCACUCUCGUGAUUCUCGAGAACACAAGUUCUACACUGAAAAAAUAACAGAGAAAAAAUCGUUAUCGUAAACGUUUUAAAAUGCAGAAAACUAUUUACUCUUAUCAUUUUAUUUUUUUAUAUUUUACCAUUCCUUAUUAUUAUAUCCUUAUGCUUUGAGUUAAAACCGCGAGUUAAUACUAAUUUUAAGACUAUAAUGUGCCUUUAACUAAACUUUUAAACAAUGUUUAAAAUAAUAAUGUUGCGAAUUUUUAUAUAAUUUAUGACAAUUAAGAUAUUUAUAACAAAUUGCCAUGUAAUAAAAUCGUUAUAAAAU